AUGGCUGAUCCUAAGGACUCCGCCAGCAAGGCGGCAAUCCCGCUGGAGCUACUGAAAGUCGAGGCUGCAUUUGUGAAGCGUGCGUUGACCUCCUCAUCCGGCAAGCGCACAAAGGGAUUGGGGGCCCCGACCUACAAGCGAGAUGUCAUGUAUGCCGCCAUGAGAGAGCUUCUUGGCGGAUUGAGCACGCAACAGAUACAAGCCAUUGUUCCAACGACGGAUAAAGUGUAUGAGAGAGUGGCCAAAUGGAAACACGAGAAGCUCAAAAGCGUAGAACUGGGCUCAGGUGCUCAGGGGCACUGGAUCGGGCCUGAACAGGCCAACCACGUCAUGCUGUAUUUCCAUGGUGGUGGCUUCUAUGCACCAGCAACCAUGGGGCAUCUAAGAUAUCAGUUCACGUUGCAACGUGAUAUGGCGAAACGAGGCCAGGACUUCGCGAUAUUUUCCUUGACGUAUACCCUUUCACCCGGCGCGGCAUACCCCACGCAGCUCAAGCAGGCCGCAUUGGCACUCAAUUACCUACUAGUGGACGAGCAUCGCGAUCCAUCGUCAAUACUACUCGGCGGAGACUCAGCCGGUGGAAAUUUGGCUGCCGCAUUGCUGGAACAUAUUGCUCGUCCGCACCCUCAAGUCCCGGCCGUUACGCUUUCACGCCCCUUACAUGCCGCCCUCCUGAUCUCGCCGUGGAUAUCCUUCCAAGUCAAUGAGUCAUCUAUCUCCAGUAACGCCGAAUCCGACUAUUUGACGCCAAGGGCAUUGAGGCGAGCGUCCAACGCCUAUAUCGAGCCGGGGGGACAGCAUGAUCAAUACUCGCAACCCGUCACUUCUCCGGCAGAGUGGUGGGCUGACAUAGCCCGCAGCGUGGUGGACAAGAUGAUGAUCUGGGGAGGAGGAGGCGAGGUCCUGAUUGAUGGAAUUCGGGCCUUCGCCGCGACGGUCAAGAACGGGUUCUCCGAGGCCGAUGCUGAGAGAGUCAAUCGUGACGAGCAGAAAGGGACGGACAGGUUCACAUUCGUUGUAACGCCGAAGCAUUCGCAUGAGGAGAUGAUCAUUGAUGAGGUCUUCUUCAGGAGCAAGAAAGGCGAAGGUGCGGAGGAAGUUCUCUGA